AUGCCCUCACUGGAACGGGUUGGGCCUGGCUCACCCUGGGCACUUGAAAGCCCCACUGAUGCCUCCUCCUCCGACGAUGUCCCCAGUGUGUCCCAGGCAACAUCCUCUUUAACGGUAUCCUUUUCUUGGGAACGCAAACCAGAUAUUGCUCACCAGUACGCAAACGGAAGAACAAAGGCUAAUAAAAUAGUGAAAGUAAGCAGCAAGUACAGCACAGUUAGUAGAAAAACUGUGUUUUCAUUACUGUGUACUUUCAUAGGUGCCAUUGCCCCGGAAUUGGACAGGGAAGUGAUCAAACUGUGCCUUGACCAACCCUUUGGUCUGAUGUGUGAUGAAAGCACAAGCAGAAACACGGAUAAAGAGUUUGUAAUAUUGGCCAGGGUUUGCGAUCCGAAAACUCAGGAGGUGGUGACGAGGUUUCUGCACAUGCCAGUGUGCCACAUUGGCACAGUAGAGAACCUCUUUCAGUCACUGAACACAGUGCUAAGUGACAGAAAAAUUGACUGGAAAAACGUUGUGGCAUUUAAUAGUGAUAAUGCCAGUGUCAUGAAGGGGAAGCACAAUUCUGUUGUCAGCAGAAUUAAAGACAUGCAGCCAUCCCUAAUUGACAUGGGAUGCAUCUGUCAUCUGGUCCAGCUGACCACAGGAUGUGGCAUUAGGGCUCUACACCAGCCUAUUGAAGAAAUCCUCAGCAGCAUAUAUGCUCACUUUGACAUAAGUGCCAAACGUUGUGAAAUCUUCAAAGAGUUUGUGGAGUUCACAGACUCAGAGAUUCUGAAGAUACUCCGAUAUUGUGCAACCAGGUUCUGA